CUUUGCGGCCGCUGGGCGCACCCUGUGGCCUCUCUCGGCGCGGUCACCAGGUCGCGGCGCGAAGCAGACUGGAGGGCGAGCCCUUCCGCGGCCCCACCUCUGCGGUCCAGUCCCAGGCACUCGGAACCGGAGCGGGGAGGGGGCAGGUGUUUCUCCGCGGGGGAGUGGGGAGGAAGCUCGGCGGUGCGCGCGGUGCCCCGGAGCCUGGAACAGAGGAGGGCGAGUAGGUCUCGGGCGCCGUGCCGGCGGAGGGGGGUCGCACUGUCGCGGGGAGGGGAGGCGGGGCACCCGGGCUCGUUGGGAGGCUGGGGCCGGUGGCACUCAGCUGGGCGAGGGUAGGGGCGAAGCUCUGCGGUGGGGGGAGGAGGCUCCGGCCCGGGUCUCCACUCUAGGCGGGGGUGGGGGGCUUAGCGCGGCCGCCGGAGCGUUCAGCAGGGGGCGCUGCUCCGGGCGUUGGGCGGGGGUGGGGUGGGCCAGGAGGGGGGGCCGCGGCUGGCCGCACACACUUCCCCCAUUAUUAAACACUAUGUUCAAAAGGCGCCGGGGGACUUCCCGGAGCCACGGAGCCCGCGCCGCCCGCCCGCCCGGCCCACGGAGCCCAUGGACCUGAGCGCCACCGCCGCGCUGUGCCUCUGGCUGCUGAGCGCCUGCCGCCCCCGCAACGGGCUUGAAGCGGCCGCUGUGCUGAGAGCGGCGGGGGCUGGGCCGGUCUGGAGCCCGGGGGGCGGCGGCGGCGGCGGGCAGACUCUCGCCCUGGCUGCGGGCGCCGCGGCUGUCUCGGCCGCCGCGGUUCCCCGGGCCCGCGCCGUGCGCCAAGCUGCCGUCUCCGGCUUCAGGAACGGCUCGGUGGUGCCGCACCACUUCAUGAUGUCGCUUUACCGGAGCCUGGCCGGGAGGGCUCUGGCCGGGGCAGCCGCUGUCUCCGCCUCGGGCCAUGGACGCGCGGACACGAUCACCGGCUUCACAGACCAGGCGACCCAAGACGAAUCGGCAGCCGAAACAGGCCAGAGCUUCCUGUUCGACGUAUCCAGCCUUCCUGACGUAGACGAGGUGGUGGGCGCCGAGCUGCGCGUGCUACGCCGCGGAUUUCCAGAGCCGGACCCAGGCAGCUCGACUUCCCCGCCUCUGCUGCUGCUGUCCACGUGCCCGGGCGCUGCCCGCGCGCCACGCCUGCUGUACUCGCGGGCAGCUGAGCCCCUGGUCGGUGAGCGCUGGGAGGUGUUUGACGUGGCGGACGCUGUGAGGCGCCACCGUCGUGAACUGCGCGCCCCCCGAGCGUUCUGCCUCUUGCUGCGCGCAGUGGCCGGCCCAGUGCGGAGCCCCUUGGCACUGCGGGGGCUGGGCUUCGGCUGGCCGGGCGGAGGGGGCUCCGUGGUAGAGGAGCGCGCGCUGCUAGUCGUCUCCUCCCGCUCGCAGAGGAAAGAGAGCCUGUUCCGGGAGAUCCGCGCCCAGGCCCGCGCGCUCGGGGCCCUUCUGGGCGCAGAGCGGCCGCCGGAUCCAAGACCUGGCACCGGGUCGCCAAGGGUAGUCAUUGGCGGCCGCAGGCGGAGGAGGACGGCCUUAGCCGGAACGCGGACAGCGCAGGGCAGCGGCGCGGGCGCGGGCGCAGGCCGGGGCCACGGGCGCAGGGGCCGGAGCCGCUGCAGCCGCAAGCCGCUGCACGUGGACUUCAAAGAGCUGGGCUGGGACGACUGGAUCAUCGCGCCGCUGGACUACGAGGCGUACCACUGUGAGGGCGUUUGCGACUUCCCUCUGCGCUCGCACCUUGAGCCCACCAACCACGCCAUCAUUCAGACGCUGCUUAACUCCAUGGCGCCAGACGCGGCGCCGGCCUCCUGCUGUGUGCCCGCGCGCCUCAGCCCCAUCAGCAUCCUCUACAUCGACGCCGCCAACAACGUUGUCUACAAGCAAUACGAGGACAUGGUGGUGGAGGCCUGCGGCUGCAGGUAGCGCGCAGGCCGAGGAGGGGCAGCCGAGUGGCCCAGAAUCCCCAGCUGAAGAGCAGCAGAGGGCUAGCCUGUCACCGAGCGUGGGUGCAUGGCCGAUGUGACUCAGCGCCCUCGCGGAGGAGGAAGAGCACACGUUCACACUCACAUACACUCGUGCAGUCACGCACACAUUUACCGUGGACAGCAUCUGAAAGCCUUGGGAAGAGAUGACCUGCCGGUACCGAUUGUCAAAGCUUGUGUAUUUUGCAAAGAGAUAGCCAUGGCGCCCACUGCCCCCACUUGAGGAGAGGAAGGUGUUUGUGCUGAUGUUGUGGUAACAAGCACGAAAAUCAGGUAGAAACGGGUUAGGAAAUUGGGGACUCCAGAAUGGGAGAACCAAAGGGGUACUCGAGCGUGCUUUAUCUCACCCUUUUUUCUUCUGGCCAGUGUGGGCAUCGCUCCGCCCGGUGGCUGGGCGCCGCGUGGUGCACUCCGUGACCAACUACAAGGCCGUAGCGUCCUUUCUCAGGGUUUGUGUUGCAUGGGGCCGUUUACUCUGGAAAGGAACUGCUGCAAAGGCAUCUUUUUUUUUCUUAUUUAACUUUUAAAAUUUAACAUGCCCCUGUUUGAGUUUUGAAAGGGAAGUUUUGUCUGAAAGAAUGUGGAGCUUCCCAGAUUUCUGCAAAAAUCGGUACCGCUCCCCCCCUUUUAAAAUCAAUUCUAAUUGGAAAUGUUCUGGAAAAUGGAAAGGACAUUUUUCUUCUUGUAGGGAAGUGAAAUGGGGGAGGGGUUUAAACGGCUGAGUCUGAUCUAACAGGCUAUUGGGAUGGGGUAGGCUCUGCCAGGUUGGAAGCUCCCCAGCUGGCCUGGGAGGUGGUAGCCAUGCCUUGGGGUGGCUCAGGAGAAAGUGCAUGCAGUGGCCAGGAACCGGGAAGGUGGGGCUGGGGGAGGGGAGCUACUGCUUUUCCCAAAACCAGCCAGGGGGUUUUGCUAAGAAGCCUGUGGAGAGGCUCUCAGGGCUUAAGAGGCAGGGAGGUGUCCUGGGGCCCACUCCAGCCGAGGACUCCGGCUGUCGGCCAGGUAGGUGCAUGCUCCCUAGCGCCUACUCGACUCCCGCUAGUGCUAGCUAUCAAGUCGGCCUCUGCUUUUACCUGCCUUCACUGUGUUGUUGCUGUAGUUUUUGGCAGGGAAGUGAAGCCACACAAAAGUGCUUUUGUCAGAUUUCAACUCCCAACCACGACCUUCAGAGCAGGAGGAAGGUCUGCCCCCUCCCCUCAUCAGCUCCCUGACUUGGCUGCUGUGCCCUUCGAAGGGCCGGGCCUUGGUGUGGGGGAGCAGUGGUGGAAGCCUCCUAUCCCCUAGUGACCAUGUUUUGCCCCGAAGAGUCUUAUCGAUGGAAGGAUUUUCUAGGCAUGUACAAGUGAGUUCAAACAUUCAGCCGUCACUGUUUGAUUUGUUUAUGCCUGGGAAUCCUUUGUGGCUUUUUGUCCAUAGGUUGGGAGAGGGAAGAGAAACCAGUUGGACUCCACCUGUCUGGAGCUCCAAGGGCUCUUAGAAAAGCCCCGCAGCCCUCCUGGCGCCUCUGCCUGAUGCUGUACAGGACUUUCCCCUUCAGAGUCCUGGGGAGGAUGAAUUCCACCCUGUGUCGGAUGCAGGACAAUUCAUACACAUUUUGAUUCUCAGUGAUUACACUCUUGAGAGAGAGAAGACAGACUUACGAUUUAGAUACAGCUAAUUUACUUAAGGGCCCCACCUGAAUCAGUUUUCAUCCUGUCAAAUUCUCCCAAAAGAAAAAAAGUUGCACGUGUAAAUUACUCUUAAAAUGAAGAUUUCCCCCUCCUAUUAUGUGAAUUUAUAUUAUGUGGCUGUAUGAGUAGAUAUCAAUAACCAGAAAAUGAACAGUCUCUUCAGCUUAGAAAUUUAAAAACCUCCCAAGUGGCUGCACUGGUACAAUUCCAUCUUAUUUCAGUGACUGGGCAAAGAUGUUCCCUAAAUUUGUGGAUUUUUGCCAGAGACACCUCAAUCUUGUUUUCUAAACAAAGCCUUUCAUAAUGAAGAAUUAUUUAAAAAAAACACUUUAGUGUUAAAAGUUGUAGUAGUGGAAGUUUUAGAAAGAAGUUAACGACAAAGUGCAGUUAAAUGUUAUUUUGAAGAUAUUCUAGGGUGUUCAGUAUCUUUGGAUAAAAGCAAAUUGGAUACUUUUUUUAGUGACUCGGAAAAACACUUUUUUUGGGAAGAAAUGUCUUGAUUUAGCCCGACCUUUUCAUGGUAGGGGGAAAAAAAAAAAAACCUGUCAGUUUCCUCUUUCCCUCUGAUGACCUCCUUCUAAUGAGAUGUGUUGUGAGUGGUGUGGGAAGUAGGUGUCUUUCAGCAUCUCGAGUUUGGGUGGCGCCCAGGGGAGAGUGUUGUCCUUGGACAGUGGCGAUUCCUUCCACAGCCCCAUGCCCUCGGUAUGCUCUUUGUUUACUGGAUAAAAGGAAUGCUUCCCAGAUUGCCUCUGGAGCAAGUGAAACCACCUGGGCCACCCUGCCCAACCUCUGGCAUCUCAGCCCAUUCACUAGGUGAAUGCAGAGGAUGCAUUUCACUUUGUAAAAAUGACAGCAGCGGGCCAACACGUUGGGCAGAUGGCCUUUUGCUGCGAAGAUGUGGUUCAAUUAGCAUUGCCAAGAUGUGGAGAAAAGGGUUCUGUUAGCACAGUCAGUCGGAGCACUCUGAGCUCUCUUUUAGGUAAUCGGGGACAGGUCCGGGUGACCAGCAGGAACCCAGCUUCUCUGUUGUAAUCUCUGGUGGAAUCUCUAGUCACCACAGAUGGGAGAACUGACAGGCAGGGAAAAAGCAUGUUGAGACUGUGAAUAAAGGCCAUCCCGUGUUCUCUCAACCUGAAACCUGAGGUCAGCAAAGUCUCCCUCCUAAAGUAAACAGAAUUUUCCGUUUUGUUGGGAGGCCGAGGUGGGCCUAUCACCUGAGGUCAGAAGUUCAAGACUAGCUUGACCAACAUGGAGAAGCCCUAUCUCUACUGAAAAUACAUAAUUAGCCAGGCAUGGUGGCGCAUGCCUGUAAUCCCAGCUACUCAGGAGGCUGAGGCAGAAUUGCUUGAACCCGGGAGGCCGAGGUUGCAGUGAGCCGAGAUCCCGCCAUUGCACUCCAGCCUGGGCAACAAGAGCAAAACUCCAUCUCAAUAAAUAAAUAAAAUUUCCAUUUUGAAGAGAAUUGUGCACUACUAGCUGACAUCAUUUGAACCACUAUUUCCCGCUAGUGAGUAGGAUUUGGCGUCCCUGCUUAGGGAGCUCGGGGCAGGGCAGCUGCAGUCCAAGCGGGGCUGGUGCUGGGUCUGCCAGACACGAAGACAGUCUGGUCAGUGCUGCUUGAAGCCAGGGAUUUGGUAUGAAGGGGGAUCAACCACAUUGGCAGGUGGGCAUUUCCACUGAUGCCCAAACACUUGCCUUAUUGAAUUCUGACUUUCCAAGCAGCUGUGCUGGGUCUUCCGGGGAAGGUGGCUGGCUUUGCUGUCUUAGCUUGAGGAAGCCAGGCUUGAGCUGUGCUCAUUCAUUGUAUCCAUGCUCCCCUUCACUGUACCCUCCUGGCAACUAUAUGAGGGAUGGAUUGUAAGACAGGAGAAUCCAGACUCCACGAAGCCCAGGGCAGUUACUUCUUCCUGGCAGCUUUCAUGGUGUCGGCGGGAGCGGGUGCCUCACCUUUGGUACUGAAGAGAGUACCGAUAAUCCUUCGGAUGGAACAGGAGGGAGUGUAAUUCAAUCUCUACACAUGGUAUAUGCUGUCGCAAUUUCAUUCAGACUCACAGAAGAAAACAACUAGGGUUUGUAGACUGAUUUUCUUCUUAGAGCAGGUAGAAAAACUGCGUUCUUUCCAAGAGCAGCUUAUGCACAGAUAAGGUCAGACUCUUCCUGUGCUUGAGUCUGCCUCCAGGAAGUCCAGUGGAAGGAAGAGACCAUCCUGCGGCUGCCUCUGGGUGCAGAGAAUCACUGGGCCUCACCGAUUCUCAUGAGAACCUGUCAUCUCAGGGAGACAGCCCUCCCCUGGCCCUCACUGGGCCAUAGGCCAGGAGGCCUGAGUCAGAUCGCAUAGUGAGCUGGAGGGAGCGAGGCUCUGAAUGCAGCAGUCUAGCAGAGGGAGCUUGGGACUGUGCUUGCCACUCAGAAAGUGUGCGAUUAGGAAGGGAAGAGAGGAAGCUGACAAGUGAAUCUGGCAAGUGGAAAGUAACUAGAUCCCUUUGGGGGAUGGUGUAUCUGAGCUGCACCAGAGUCAGAGCCCAUUGUGGGCUUUGAGUGCCCAGGGGCAGCUGCUCCCAUGGCAUGGCCUGCGCCCACCUCAGGGGAGGCUGCUCAAAGGCCAGGGCACCAUAGGCAUCUCCUAAGAGAGGGCUGAGGCAAGUUAUGGGCACUCACCUCCCUGCUGGAGCUUCAUCUUCUGCCCUUAAAAUGACGCCCUCUCUAGUCCCAAGGUUUUAGGAUUUUACCUUGCCCCCAAUUCCACUCAGACAGCUUGUAGGCAGAGCAAAUGCGACAGCUCCUGGAGAAGGUCCCCUCCCAAUCCCAGUUCCAGAGCUGCGUCUUACACGUUUCACAGCUUUGCCUGUGCGUGUGCAUGUGUCCAUUUUACUGAUAUCCUCAGUAGGUGCCUCGUGGAUGUGCUUUCAAUUUCCAUGGGCUGAGGCAGGUGCGGGGAAGGCCGGCACCUCAAGGGUGGGGUUCAGCUACCCAGAUCCAGGAGCUGGCCUGUGCUCAGUGGGGUGGGCAGAGCCACACUCAGGCUGAGGCUGCCUGAGGGACCUAGUGCUGGGAAGGGCUCUACCUGCUGCUGGGACUCCUGCAGGCAGAAGAGGAAAGGCAAGGCUCGGCCUGGUUGGUCACCCAGACAGGGGCCUGGGACUGUCACAAAAGCCCUGGAUGAGGCAGGCAGGACUGUCCCAGGGUGGACUCCUUGGGUCCCUACCCCUUCCUCACCACCAUGCCCAUAUCUGGGUCUGAGGUCCCCUUGCAGCUUCCCACGGGAGUGAGCCUCGGGUAGCGUCAGAAGAGCUUGUCUCUCUUCCUUUUUAUGGCCUGGAAAAUGGUGGGAGGGUUUAACGUAAAGAAGCACCAGAAGGGAGGACCCCAAAAGAUGUUUACUUCCAAGUUUACAGACAGCUUGGCAUCUUGCAUCUGGAGCCUCCUGACCACGUAGCCUGGAGCAGAGCUGUCUUCCUCCCUCUGUGCCGUUCUGGACUUUACACUGUACCCACAGCUUAGUACAUCACAAAUAGUAACCCAGAGUGAGGCUGUGGUGAGAGAAGGCUGUUCUUUUCAGGAGGGCCACUGUCCUAGCCUGAGGAGACACCUGCUGGACACAGGCUGCAGGGAGAGGUUUGGAAGUUGGCCUAAUGAAUCAGAGGGGUGAUUGAGGGCCCAGGAGUUGCCACAUGAGCUCUGAUCGUCAUUCAGGGGUGCUCUCUGCCCAUGACCUGCAGGUAACUACCUUCACCAGAGCUUGGCUUGUGGUCUGCAACCUGGCGACAGGCCUUUGGCUGGGCAAAGUUUGGGCUGGUGCUUCAUGGCGGCAGGAGCAAUUACAGCAGAGCAACCCAGGAUGGGUGGUCAUUGAAAAAUGGGUGUGAAGUCACUGAAAAAUCAGGCUGAGUUUCAAGUUAUGCUCACAGUUGCUGAAAAAGUAAAAAUACACCUUGAGAGUAGCAGAGCAGCGUGCAAUGGUCCACUUCCUCCUGCCUGUGCAGAGCCUGCAGGCCUCUUCGGCAUCUGUGCGUGGUGCGUAUGUGUCUGUGACAACAGAAAGGGCUGCUUUCUCUCACAUGUUUCUCUGACAAUGGCAAGAGGGCUGCAGGGGUCACAGAAGCUUCCGGAGAGAGGUGUUUCUGCACAGUCAGGUGAAUUUGUUGGCAGGACAGCUUGGUGUGAUGAUAUAAGUACAGUUUCACUCUUUGUCAGACAAACUUCCUUCUGCUUGUUUAGAAAUGCUUGCAGAAACUUUUAGUCCCUUUUCUGUGUUAGUAAGGGAUGCUGAGAUACUGUCUAGAAAAACAGGGGGAAACUUCUGACUGUCACACCCAGGCCACUUCCGGCAGAGUGGAGAGUGGUACAGAGCAUUCAGGGCGUGGCCAGCUGCUUUGCCUCUGCAUUCCUGUCUCAUUACCUUUUGAGUUGUGGGCCAACAGGAGUGCCGCGCAGUGGGGGCUGGAGAUUUGGCCCGGCAGGAGGUGGGCAAGUGGCUGUCUUCUUUGCAGAAUACCUGCCCUGCUCCAUCCGACCAGCAGUGGCAACAGCCACACCCAGUUCUGCAUCUAGCUCCUGCCCAGACCUUUGGCUGCCAAAAUCUAGACCCUUGGCUGACCAAAACGAGAGUUCUGAUAAGGUUCCCUCACAGGCAUCCUGCUGAAUUAGAAGGAAACAGGAGCAAACCUGAGGCACAUGGGGGUAAACUUCCCUCGAGGACAUUUCCUGAGCUGCAAGAUGGGAAGGGACAACACCUCGGCUGGUGAGCUGGUGCAGCUGCACAUACGUUUCCUCUGUUUUUCAGUACUCACAGGUCAUCCCGAGGAGACCUCUCUUGGGCUAUGGGCACCCCAUGCUUGGAUUUUUUGGUGUAUGUGGCCAAAAAGCAGUGACCAGGUGUGUUGAGGGCCUCCCCUUGCCUGCACCUUUUCAUCUCUGAGUGACUGAGGGCUGCCAUUGCACACGUGUCCUGGAUCCUCCCCUGGCCUGGGGCAGCUGCUGGGCUUGGGGUGAACAGGCUGGUUCGAGGAAGGGGCUUCCCACAAGCAGGGCUGGUUUCCUGAGUCAGGGCCUGUCACACUCAAAGUCAGCCCUUCAGCAUUCUGUUUAGAAAACGAUGAUGCAGUUCAGUGAGAAAAAAAGCUCAGGAUGAAAUGUGUUUUCUGGCGGGGAAGUACUCAAGCGCUCUAAGCCAGGAACAGAGACUCUCAAGAGAGGAAUUCUCUGGCAUCCUCUGCCUCGGAUAAAUCAUGGAUUAAACAUGAGCAUCCUUAGAGUAAUUUUAUGUUUGUGUUUGACUUUACACUAUAAUGCAAACAGCUUUUAUGUUUUCUUUGACAAAGAAUCAUAAUUGAGUCACUUUAGGUCUUUUAGCUGGAAGUAUUUCACCCUAAAUGAAAAGUUAAUGCAUUUUUUACAAGGAUUAACAUGCUAGCUACAGCAUGCCCUUUCAGCAGAUGACAAUAGGGGAUUCUGAAAAGUUUGGACACAGUUUUUUUCUUUUUGUAUACAAAUAAAGCAGCAGAUCCUUUCUCUGUAGAGGCCACUGCAGAGCUCCUGCACCAGCUUACAAAAUGAUGUUGUUUAAGCAGGCCUUGGGUGGGCAGCGGAAUUCUGCACAUGAUGAGUGGCCUGCAGCUUAAAAAGCCAAUGUCAUCUGAUUCCAGUGCAGUGAUUUUAAGGAAAUGAUAAAACUCAAAGUGCUGGUAAUGCCAUCAAGGCUUAACAACACGCCAUUCCCUCAGCAGCUAAAGACAAAAUGAAGUAUUUGGGUGAGGGGACAGAAGUCCUUUCACUUUGCAGUGACACCCAUUUUUUUCUUAGCUUGGCUUGGGAGUAAGGAGUCUGGGGUGUGGGGGACAUUAAAUACUCAUUUAAGGCAAACCGAAACCUCCUUUGUCAGCACUCUUUCAGCUCUGCUGUAGCCAGAGCAGAGUUCCAAGGCUUGCAGCCUGAGCUGUCUCCUAGCUGCCGGGCCUGGCAUUUAUUUGGGCAAUGCAAGAGACAUUGUGAAGCAUUGCUGAUGCCCAGGCCAGCUAGCAGGGAGCCCUACCAGGGCAGGUAGAAACCUAUGUGUAUAUGUAUUCUCAAAUUUAAAUAGAUUGUACAUAGUGAAAUGUAAAUGACCUGUAAAACAGCAAUCUCUAUUUUUCUUAACUAUUAUAUAGCAGUAUAUAUUUGUUAAACAUGCUUGUAUACUCUUCAUUAACCACUUUAAUAUUUUGUACAGAUAAGCUGAUUAAAUAUUUUAUUCAUAAAA